AUGGCCUGGGGGGGGGGCCACGGGGGGUUCCGGUCUACUGCAGCGGGAAGGAGCGUCCCCCUACCUCGUCUCUGUGGUUCCGCCGUGGCCGCUCUGUCCGGCCCGGAGGUCACCUCGGUGGUGGCGGCGGCGGCGAUGGCGGCGCUCGGGCCCCCCCCGGUCCCCGAGAUCUUUGAGACGAUGGAGGAGGGGCCCGAGCGGGGAGGGGCGGCGGGGGAGGCCUGGCUGCAGGCCCAGGGCCGCGCUUUGGGGCACUUCGUGGCCGGGACGUGGCUGAAGCCGCCGGGCCGGGAGCGGCUGCAGGGCUGGGACGCGGCCACCGGGCGGGCGCUGUGCUCGGUGCUGGGGGGGGACGUCGGGGACGUGGCGGCCGCGGUGGCUGCGGCGAAGGCGGCGCCAUGGGGGGGGCUGGGGGGGGCACAGCGGGGGGACAGCCUGGAGCGUUGCCCCCCCAUUGACCCCAUUGCUCCCUAUUGCCCCCCCUUGCCCUCAUUGAUGCCCUUGCCCCCCACUGCCCCAGGCUGGCGGGGGCGCUGCAGGGGGGGGCCGGCGCUCUGGGGGCUGUGGCCGCGCUGGGCUCGGGGCAGGAUCGGGCCCGAAGCGGCGGCGCGGAGCUGGGGGGGGGCGCUGCGGGCGCUGCGCGAGGCGGCGGCGGGAGCCCGGGGCGGCCCCCCCGGCCUGCGGGGCUGGAGCCCGCUCGGGGUGGUGGCCGUGGUGGUGGCGGGUCCCUGCCCCCUGGGGGCGCUGAUGGGGACACUGGGCCCCCUCCUGGCCAUGGGUAACGGCGCCGUGGUGCUGGUGCUGGUGCCGCCGGGGGGGGGCGCGGCCGCGCUGCUGCCGCUGCUGGUGGCGGAGCUGGGGGGGGCCGGGGGGGGGGCGCCGCUGCCCCCCGGGGUCCUCAAUGUGGUGACCGGGACCCCCCCCCUGCACCGGGCCCUGCGGGACCUGCCCGGGCUCAGCGCGGUCACACUGCUGGGGGAUACGGAGGACCCCCCCCUGGGGCUCUGGGGGCGCCGGUACCUCCGGGGGGGCCCGCGGGGGGGUCCUGUCGUCGUCAUCGUCCUGGACUCCGCUGACCUGGACAGUGCGGCCACCGCCAUCGCGGGGGGGGGGGGCCGGGCCCCCCCUGUCCCUGACCUUGGUGGUGCUGGAGGCGCUGGUGCCCCCCCUGGUGCGGCGGCUUCGGGCCCGGCAGGGGGCGCUGUGGGGCGGGGACCCCCCGAACCCCCACGUGUGGGGAGAGGGCACCGAGUGUUUCUGGUCUUCCUGAUCUCUAUGCCCCGGCUCCUCCCCGUCCGCUCCGUACCCGAAGUUCUCUCCGUGCUCUCGGGGCUCCCCCCCCCGGCCGCAGCCUCGCUCUGGGCCCAGGACCUGCCCCUGGCCCUCGACACGGCCCAAAGGCUGCCCAUGGGGCUGGUGUGGAUCAAUGCGCUCGAGGUGCCGCAGCCAUGGGGGGGGGCCAGCGCCAUGGAGAUGCUGCGUCUCUUCGGGCGCCCCCCCUGGGCCCCCCCCGCGCCCCCAUUGGAUGAACCCAUCAGCCCGGGGGGGCCUGAGGUGACCCUUGACCCCGAUGACGUCGCUGCAGCCGUGGGGGUCGCACGACGCGUCGCUGCGGGAUGGGCCCGUCUGGAGGCGGCGACGCGCGCCCGGGUCCUGCAGGGGGCGCUGGAGGCGCUGCGGGGGGGCGCGGGCGGCGACGAGGAGCUCCUGCAGGGGGCGCUGCUGCGCUGGGCCGCACGCGCGCUGCUGGCGGGCGGGGCAGUGAAGGAGGCACCCGGGGGCCGGUUCCUGGUCACGCGGCGGCCGCUGGGCGUGGUGGGCGUGGCCUGGAGCGGGCCCCGCCCCCUGCGGCGCGCGCUCGAGCUCCUCCCCCCGGCGCUCGCUUUCGGCAACGCCCUGGUGCUGGUGGCGCCCCCUGGCGGCCUGGAGGCCGCGCGGCGGCUGCAGAAGGCACUGGAGGCCGCGGGGCUGCCGGGGGGGGCGUUGGCGGUGCUGCCGGGGGGGGCCGCGGGCUCGGGGGUGCUCUUGGCCCGGCAGCGCCUUGAUGGGCUCUGGCUCUGCGGGGGGGACACGGACCUCGACUGGGGCUCAAUUGGGGGUGACCCCCAAGUGUGGGUCCCGGGGGGGGGCAUUUUGGCCGCCCCCCCCCACGACGCUGACGUGGAGCUGGAGCUGCGCAGCACCCGCCCCCACAGCCUGUGGCUGCCCCUCACCCCUGACCUUUGAUCUCUGAUGACCCCCCAAAAAUAAAGACCCCCCCCC